AUGGAUUUAGACGCUCUCAUUGACUCGAUAGAGGGGCUCGCCGAUCAGUGUACUACUUCAAUCGAGAAGAAUACCGAACUGUUGAAUGAUAUAUCCAAUGUGUAUGGUGAUGCCCUCUCAAACGAUACGAUUAUCGAUACACUGAACGCCAAAUCAGAUCACAAUUUGGACAUGAUACAACAGUUGAACCUGCUUAAUCUGCGUUCUGAGUUUUUCCAGGCGCAAUUGCACAUUUUGGAACUUCAUAGUGACAUUAAUCACAAUAGAAAGCAGCAUGGGUUGAAUCCUUUGAAUGAGUGGAAGGAUGAUGAUCUGAACUGGAGAACUUGUGAGACAACUUUGGAUAAUUUGUUCUUGGAGUUUGAGUAUCUGAAGACUCAAAAGCUGUCCUUUAGGGGUAUUCCUUCCACUUUUGAAUACAUUCAAGAAUCAAGGAAUCAGGUUAAUGUUUCUUCUCAUAUGGCUAACCAGACCUUGGAAUUUAAUGACGAUUCGUACCUAAGACCCAUUCACGUGGGGAAACAGAGAAAUUUAUCUAAUCACAAGAAUAUUCAAAAUGGGUACAAUUUCCACCGACGUCAUUCUUCGUUACCUCACUCUCCAUCGCUUGAUGAGUCAUCUAAACCUUUGAGGCAUUACACAUCAUUUGAGACCGCAUUGAAAUCCAUGAACUCUAGGUUAGGAAACUCGGAGAAUAAUACUAUUUUUCAAGAAAAAUUGCAUAGCUUUGACAUGUCAGUUAUGUCACAUGCUCAUUCAACUUCAAUAUUUGAUUCCAUAACGGAGUCAACGCAAGUCUCAGAUAUCGACGAUGAACAUAAUCCCCACAAGAUCUUUUUUGGAGACGUUUUAACUAAAUGUCCUUCCAAUAUUACUGCAUUGGAAACUCCACCCCGUCAUGUACCAUCUAAUCAUUCUUCCACUGCCAUGGCACUCAAGAAGCAGACUAUGGUCUGGCUCAACCAGUUUCAACAGAGCAACACAACAGAUUCGCAACAAACUCCCAACUGGGCGCCUAAUGUCAAUGCUUGCAUCUCCUCAAGUUCUAACACUCGGAACUUGCUUUCUUCUUUGAUCUCCAAAGAAUCCACGAAAUUCAACACCGGUUCGUCAAGCCAUUCACAACCAGAUUUUCAAAUUGACAAGACACAAAUUUCACGAAAGCCUUCAAUUUCUCAACUUGUAUCGUCUUCUCAGGAAGCAUCUCAAUGGAGUCUUUUGCUGGACAAAUUCCGGAAGAAAUCAACAUCACAGCCAUCUGGUCUAGAAUCACGGGAUCCCACCAACCGCCAGAAAGACUAUAAAACUGAGAUUGAAAAAUCAAAACCAAUUCCCGUCCCAGGAUCUCUUUCCAGAUAUAGAUCAGCCAGUCUAGGUCAAUCCUCAUCGUCAACAAUCACCAUAGGGCCUAACCAUAAAAUGAUAGUAAGGCAUGGAGCAUUAAGCGGGCUCAAUCAACACACCUAUUACGACCGUAGAAGAAAUGUAUCCUCUAAUAGCUCUACAAUAGCCCCAAUUGCAUCCCCUGAUAACCGACGUGUAGUGAGCACUUAUGUGAGACAAGAUCACCUUGAAGAUGCAUUGAAAACUAGUUUAACUAAUGUUACAUAA